AUGGGAAAAGAAGAGACUCACAUCAACAUCAUUGUCAUCAGAGACAUAGAUUUAGAUUCCGGGGAGUCCACCACUACUGUCCAUCUGAUCUACCAAGGUGGUGGAAUCAACAAAAGAACCACUGAAAAUUUUGAGAAGGAAGCUGCUGAGAUGGGAAAGGGUUCCUUCAAGUAUGCCCGGGUCUUGGAUACCCUGAAAGCUGAGCGUGAGCAUAAUGUCGCCUUUGACAUCUCCCUGUGGAAAUUUGAGACCAGCAAGUUUUACGUGCCUAUCAUUGAUGCAAAAUCAGGACAAAGAGGCUUUAUCCAAAGCCUGAUUACAGGCCUUUCUCAGGCUGUUGCUGUCCUGAUUGUUGCUGCUGGUGUUGGUGAAUUGAAGCUGGUAUCUCCAAGAAUGGGCAGACCCCUUCUGGCUUACACACUGGGUAUGAAACAACUAACUGUUGGUGUUAGCAAAGUGGAUUCCACUGAGCCAUGCUACAGACGGAAGAGAUACCAGGAAGUUGGCACCUACAUUAGGAAAAUUGACUACAACCCUAAGACAGGCAUUGUGACAAUUUCUGGUUGGAAUGGUGACGACAUGUUGGAGUCAAGUGCUAAUCUGCCUGGGUUCAAGGGAUGGAAAGUACUUGAAGCUUUAGAUUGCAUCCUGCCACCAACUUGUCCAACUGACAAGCCCUUGCGUCUGCCCCUCCAGGAUGUCUACAAAAUUGGUGGUAUUGGUACUGUCCCUGUGGGCCAAGUGGAAACUGGUGUUCUCAAGCCUGGCAUGGUGGUCACCUUUGCUCCAGUCAAUGUCACAAGUGAAGUAAAGUCCAUUGAAAUGCACCCUGAAGCUCUGACUGAAGCUCUUCCUGGAGAUAAUGUGGACUUCAAGGUCAAGAAUGUGUCUGUCAAAGAUGUUCGUCAUGGCAAUGUUGCUGGUGACAGCAAAAACAACCCACCAAUGGAAACAGCUGGUUUCACUGCUCAGGUGAUUAUCCUGAACCAUCCAGGCCAAAUCAGUGCUGGCUAUGCCCCUGGACUGGAUUGGCACACAGCUCACAUUGCUUGCAAGUUUGCUCAGCUAAAAGAAAAUAUUGAUUUCCAUUCUGGUAAAAAGCUGGAAGAUGGUCCUAAAUUCUUAAAAUCUGGUGAUGAUUCCACGUGCGUUGAGAGCUUCUCUGACUAUCCUCCUCUGGGUCAUUUUGCUCUUUGUGAUAUGAGGCCGACAGUUGCUGUGAGUGUCAUCAAAGCAGUGAACAAGAAGGCUGCUGGAGCCAACAAGGCCACCAAGUCAGCCCAGAAAGCUCAGAAGUCUAAACAAAUAUUUCCCCUAACACCUGCCACCCCAGUCUUAAUCAGGGUGGAGGAGUGGUCUCAGAACUCUAAAAUGGGAAAAGAAGAGACUCACAUCAACAUCAUUGUCAUCAGAGACAUAGAUUUAGAUUCCGGGGAGUCCACCACUACUGUCCAUCUGAUCUACCAAGGUGGUGGAAUCAACAAAAGAACCACUGAAAAUUUUGAGAAGGAAGCUGCUGAGAUGGGAAAGGGUUCCUUCAAGUAUGCCCGGGUCUUGGAUACCCUGAAAGCUGAGCGUGAGCAUAAUGUCGCCUUUGACAUCUCCCUGUGGAAAUUUGAGACCAGCAAGUUUUACGUGCCUAUCAUUGAUGCAAAAUCAGGACAAAGAGGCUUUAUCCAAAGCCUGAUUACAGGCCUUUCUCAGGCUGUUGCUGUCCUGAUUGUUGCUGCUGGUGUUGGUGAAUUGAAGCUGGUAUCUCCAAGAAUGGGCAGACCCCUUCUGGCUUACACACUGGGUAUGAAACAACUAACUGUUGGUGUUAGCAAAGUGGAUUCCACUGAGCCAUGCUACAGACGGAAGAGAUACCAGGAAGUUGGCACCUACAUUAGGAAAAUUGACUACAACCCUAAGACAGGCAUUGUGACAAUUUCUGGUUGGAAUGGUGACGACAUGUUGGAGUCAAGUGCUAAUCUGCCUGGGUUCAAGGGAUGGAAAGUACUUGAAGCUUUAGAUUGCAUCCUGCCACCAACUUGUCCAACUGACAAGCCCUUGCGUCUGCCCCUCCAGGAUGUCUACAAAAUUGGUGGUAUUGGUACUGUCCCUGUGGGCCAAGUGGAAACUGGUGUUCUCAAGCCUGGCAUGGUGGUCACCUUUGCUCCAGUCAAUGUCACAAGUGAAGUAAAGUCCAUUGAAAUGCACCCUGAAGCUCUGACUGAAGCUCUUCCUGGAGAUAAUGUGGACUUCAAGGUCAAGAAUGUGUCUGUCAAAGAUGUUCGUCAUGGCAAUGUUGCUGGUGACAGCAAAAACAACCCACCAAUGGAAACAGCUGGUUUCACUGCUCAGGUGAUUAUCCUGAACCAUCCAGGCCAAAUCAGUGCUGGCUAUGCCCCUGGACUGGAUUGGCACACAGCUCACAUUGCUUGCAAGUUUGCUCAGCUAAAAGAAAAUAUUGAUUUCCAUUCUGGUAAAAAGCUGGAAGAUGGUCCUAAAUUCUUAAAAUCUGGUGAUGAUUCCACGUGCGUUGAGAGCUUCUCUGACUAUCCUCCUCUGGGUCAUUUUGCUCUUUGUGAUAUGAGGCCGACAGUUGCUGUGAGUGUCAUCAAAGCAGUGAACAAGAAGGCUGCUGGAGCCAACAAGGCCACCAAGUCAGCCCAGAAAGCUCAGAAGUCUAAACAAAUAUUUCCCCUAACACCUGCCACCCCAGUCUUAAUCAGGGUGGAGGAGUGGUCUCAGAACUCAACUGAACAUGCCCUGGGUGGCCCACCACUAAGUCUGUGUACCACAUCAGGAAUGCCGCCCACCCUUCUGCUCUCAGCAGCCAGUCUGAAGAAGAACUGCUUCCCAUCCUUCAAGACACUGUAG